AAACACCUAAUAAUAAUAAUAAUAAAUUUUUAUUUCAGAAUUAAAUUCCAUAUGAAGUGUUAGUAAUACAAAAUCUUGAAGUGUUAGUAAUACAAAAUCUUUCUUAAAGUUCAUUUUAUUUAUUUUACAUUGAUCAUGGCUGGUCUUGAGCCAACAUGGACUUCAUUCCAAUGCCUCAGUAUAGGGCAGCAAUAGCGACUCCCUAUCGCAGCCAGGAUGCUGUUCGGGCUGUCCCGGAGCCGGCACCACGCGGAGGCCACGCGCUUACGAAUGAUCGCGUAAAAGCCAUCUAUGUGAGCCUCCGCGAACAUCGUCGACGCGCUACAGUGCCGAGACAGCCCCAUCAGUGCCCUGAAGCCGUUGUUAUAUUGGACGCGCAAGGCUCCAAACGCCUUUUGAGUGUACUCAGUCCACAGAUAUAUGUUCUGGUAUCAUAAUUUUUAUUAUUUUAUUAAGUGAGUCAGGGGCGAUAGCAAUCAAAUUUAACAAAAUGUUUACUAAAUGAAUAAAUGGAUCAACCAUACGUUCACACACCAUAGUUCACAACCAUAGUUUCACACAAUCAUACCCGUUCAAUAAGGAUGUUCAACCGACUUAAUAAUUACCAGAAAGUUAUGUGGGAUUAAACAAUUAUUAAAAGUAAAUUGGCUUUCUAAAAUAUAUCCUAUUAUUCAUUUAAGUUUCUUAUUAUUACUUAAAAUUUUACAGGUGGCAAACGAUUCGCAAAUGUAAAUCUAUAUAUUAAUACGUGAAGCAAAAACUUUGUAUCCCUUUUUACGAAAUUUGCGCGGACGGAGGAGUAUGAAAUUUUCCACACUUAUAGAGAAUAUAGAGAAGAAAUGCACAAUGCUAAUAUCUUUUUAAAAUAAUGCGUAAAAGAUACAUUAAAUCAAUAAAAAAAACAUUACGCUCACUACAUACCAUGUAUUUGACGCACACACGCAUGCCUACUAUUUAUUGUCAAACUUUUCUUAUUGACGUCUGUUGUCAAAUUGAGAUUAAAUAUUGUUUGUCUUUGAUAAUAUUUUUUAUAGUGUAGUCUUGGCGAAAUUUGUGAUUAUGGAAGUAUAAAAUACAAUCAUAAUAGUGUACAAACUUACAAUUCCAAUUAAUUUAAGUAUAGUUGAAUUUCGACUACUGCGGGACCUCUAGUUAAUAUUAUGAUGCUAAUGUUAGUCUCAAUUAAUUAUAUCGAACAAUCCAGAAAACUUAAAACUGUAAUAUUUAAUAUAGAAGUGAUUCACAAAAUCAAGAUUUGCACCAAGAUUAAUAACAAAAGAGGCGUGAUGAAUUGUAUUAUAAUAAAACAAAAAACGAUUGUUUCUUUGUUUUCGACUCGCGAAAGGCGAAAACACACACUAUCAUUAUAAAAAUACUAUCGUUUCCCUUUUCCCAGCGCGGUUGUGAACGUCUGUACACAGUCUAAGAAGGACUUACUAAAGGCAGACCAAAGUCCCUAUGCAAUUCUGAUACACGAAAUCGGCAAUACGUCACAAGUACUACACCUUGUAAAAUUGCUGUUAAAACGUUGAACGCCAUAUGUAAAAUCGAGUAUUUUCAUUCAGACCACAGUGCUUACGGGUGAGCCUUAUCUUACUGAACCGUUCGGAUCAUGAAGAUUACCCGUGAGCCGCGUGAGAGUUCCAAAGUAAACGCUUCCUACAAGCCACAGAUUGCAGCUAUGCGUCACCUGCACAUGUAAUUGCGCACCAAUAAGACUGAAAACAUUUCAGGAUGAAAUACAAAUAUAAAUAAUAAACAGGAUGAAAUAUAAAUAAUAAAUCAAGAUGAAAUACUUCGUUGUCCUCGCCCUGAUCGCCGUAUCCUCGACCGCCUACAUCAAGCCUGCUUCCGUCAGCGCAGAGCAUGCAGAGCUCCAGGCUAUCAUCGACGCCAUCAAUAGUCCCAGCACCGACCCCGCUACCGCUACUACCCUUGCUGAAAUAUUCUACAGCUUUCUCAGAAUCAGUCCGCAGCCCGUCCACAUCGAGCCGGAAAUCAUCGACUUCCCUCUCCCAGACGGUGGUGCUGUGAGCGAACCCGUGAAGCCCACUCCUUCUCCUGCCGUUGUCGGACCCGCCGCUCUCAACCAGAGCUCUCCUCUUGUGCAGCUCAUCGUGAUAUGCUCCCGCCGCAGCCCAACAGCCGCCGGCGGAUAUGCUCCCGGACCAGUUGUUGAGUCCGUUGAGAUCGUCCCUGAGCCCGUCAUUAUCGUUGAGGAAACCGAGGUUCCCGAAAUACCCGACCCCGUGAUUGUUGACCCCACGCCCGUGGUCCCCGAGCCUGUCAACCAACUCGUCGUAAUCGUCGAAAUCCGUCAUAAUCAACUUAAGCUUUUAAAAAUCUUUCUCCAUCUGCAGCUUCGCCUUCGAAUGCGAAAGAAACUAAUCAAAACAUCGUUGGACGACCCUCGUCCACCUAAUACAACACCCAAUACAAAAACACUGGCUAUUAUACAAACUGACUCGGUUAUGCACAUCAGACAAACAUUCGUGUGAUGAACAGGUUUGUUUGGUCUUUG